GUCAUGACAGGUUAUAUACACGAGAAGUGGCCGUUCGCGACGCCCACGCCAUUCUUUCAUUUUGCUUUCUGUUCUUUCGUGUUUGUGAUCACACUGACAACAUGGCUAUGCCCAUCCGGAUUGAUGACUCUGACCCUAGUGUCAACUACACUGGGUCGUGGUUCAAGGGAGGAAAUCCUCCCGAGGAGUACAUGGGUACAACUCAUGGCGCCAUAACUAACGGUUCUACAAUGUCAUUUACAUUCAACGGAACCGCUGUCGCUCUCUAUGGCACCAUCGGCCCAAUUAACUCGGACUCAGACAACCAGACGACAACGUCGAUGUACGUCCUGGACGAAGCGAGCGCCGUCACGGUGACUGCGCCAAAGUCGCUGACAACCCAAUACGGCUACGCGUUCUUUCUCUCGCCGCAGCUGGCGGAUGAGCAGCACACGCUGACCGUCACCGCAACUGACGUCGUGUCCGACAACACCUUCUGGAUUGACUAUCUGGAGUACACGCCCAGCUCGAACACGAGCUCUAGCAGCGCCCCUCCACCGCCGCUUUCGAGCUCACCGACGUCAACCUCGACCCUGGCAGGGUCGGCGUCCACUGCGUUGCCUAGCGAUGACCUUGAUAUGAGCUCCGGGGGCCAUCAGCACCACAGCAGCCAGCACUCCACCACCAUCGUCGCCGCGGUGCUCGUCCCGAUAAUCCUCCUCCUCAUCCUGGCGCUCGCCGGCCUGUUCCUGUUCUGGCGCCGCCGCUUUGCGCGCUUGAGGUUUGCGCAGAGCACGUAUGACAAGGAGGCUGGUCUAUUUGACGAGCCAACGGUCGGCGGUCCUCCGGAAGCCCAUAUCAUUAGCCCAUACAUCUCAGCUGAUUCGUCGCCUGCGGGGGCUGGACAUACGCAUGCCCUGAGCGACGAGGCGCCGCCUCCGCAGGUUCCUGCUAAAGCUCAUACGACAGGUCACGUACCUAAAGGCGCCCAUAGCAGGACUAUCGAGUCUUCCGACGCAGGAGAGCCGGGACAGGAGCCUCCUCCAGCGUACGCAGGAGUCUGACCACAGCCCAUUGUGCAGUACUGGAUGCUGCUCUCCGGACACGCCGACGUGCUGGUCACGGACUUCAUAACCGUAAAAUUUGCCUGCUCGAACGUCGUUUGUAACAUAGCCCAAUGUCCCCAUCUUCAC